GUUCCGUACACAGUGGUCAGUCCGGCAGAGUGAGAGAGGGUGAAACAGAGGGAGAGAGGUGGAGAGUGAGUGAGUGAGUGAGGGGAGCGGUAACCAGCGAACAUGGCAGACGCGGAGACCCCGGGAGUGGACGGGGAUCUGGCUGGGCGCGCGCCGCCGCUACAGCACGCGGUGGGCUCGGUGAGUCAGCCGUCUUCGCUCAAGUUCGACCGCAACAUUAAGCAGGCCUUCUACAACACGGGCGCCAUGAUCUUCGUGGCGAUCUGCUGCGGCGCCGCCGUGCUCGUCUACUUCAUCCUCGAGGCCUUCUUGAGGCCACUGCUAUGGGCCGUGCUCUGCGGUACCUUCCUGCACCCGUUCAAGCACUCGCUGGCGCGCCUGGGCCGCUCGUGGCUGCGCGGUCUGCGCGAGAGCGGCACGCCGAUCGUGCUUGGCACGCUACUCGUGCCCGCGUGCUGUGUCAACUACGGCGUGGAGGCUCUGGGUGCGCUCGUGCUCGAGCGGCUGCACGUGCUGCUGGCCAUCGGAGCCGGAGCUCCGCUGCUCUACCUGCUCUACCUGUUCUGGAGCGUCAUCGGCAUGCAGGUGGUGCUCGGACAUAUGUGCGCAGUCAUAUGCUGCGCGCUCGACUACUUCAACUUACUGUGGGUUGGCACGUUAGUUGUGGGCUAUGUGUUGGCUGUGGCGUUUAAGUGGACCCCCGGCAUGGAGGGCUACCUGCGUGCCAUGUCAGUGCCUGUUUGGACAGUCCUCAUAUUCUACCUGGUGUCUCUGACGGGGGCCUGGCGAGUGCCUGUGUUUGUAGUGGUGGUGUCUCUGCUAAUAGUGGGUUCUCAGGAGAAAGCCUCUGUAUCAGGGAAAGGUGAACUAUCAGGACAAGUCCUUUCUUUUGCUGCUAAUACUAUCUACAUGGCCAUCUCCUGCAGCAACUACACCACUGCUGCUGAGUCAGAAGAAGAGAGUGGUAGGAAAACACCAUCUAAAGAGCCAGUGGACUCUUCCAGAAGGGUCAUUGGAGUUUCUGCUACCCCUCUGCGCGUGCGCCAAGAGUUCCAGGGAUUCCCACACAAAGAGAAGGCCAGUGAUAUCUACUUUGUGCUGCUGGUUUGGGCUAUAGUGCUGGUGCAGGUCUGGCUCAACCUCUGGAUCCUCCAGCUGUUGCCCAUCCCUUUUGCGGUGUGGGUGAUCAAGAAGCUGGUGGUGCGUUUUGGAGUGAAAGAUUUUGCAGAGCGGACCCUGGCGGCGUGGUGGGCGGUGUUGGAGAAGUUUGUUCGAGACAGACAGGACGCUCUGCUGCCUGGUCCAAUCAAAGGGCUUGCACAGUUUCUGCUGAGGGUCGAUACCAAGCUCUGGCAUUGGCUUAACAAGCAGCUGAUUGUGUGGUUGGAGAAAUCUCUGGAUAAACUCAUCAGCAUCUUUAUCAUUUUCUUACUGGUUACAGGGACUCUGCUCAUGGCCCUCCUGCUCACUGCUAUGGUCCAUCAUGAGAGUGCCCAUAUCAUAGAGGUCACCAGCAACCUGAUCAACGAGACUGUGGCCAACCACCCUGAGUGGGCCAACUGGCUUCCAGAGGCUCGUGUAAUUCAGAAGGCUCUCAACUCUGCUGCCACAAAUGUUUACCAGCAUGGGAGAGAAUGGAUAACUCAAAAGCUCCACAAGAUGCUUGGUGAUAAGGUGAACAACACUGCAGUGAUAGAGAAGCAGGUUCUGGAACUGUGGGACAGGCUUUACCACUCCUGGUUUGUCAAGAAUGUAACAUACACUGGACGCCACCGUGGCCAGAAGCUCCACCUGCAUAGACACAACAGCUGGCUGGGUGACAUUCUGGACUGGCAGGACAUCGCCUCCUUCGUGCAGGAAAAUAUUGAAACACUGCUCUCGAUUGUGGAGUCUCUGUGGGUGGUGAUGAGCCGCAACGUGGGUUUGUUGAUCUCCACGACAACUACACUACUCACUGUACUCUUCCAUAGCGGAACAGCGCUGCUCAACUUUGCUCUGUCACUGGUGAUUUUCUUGACCACCCUGUUCUACUUGUUGAGCUCCAGUGGGGAAUACUAUAAGCCUGUUAAAUGGGUGAUUAGCCUCACGCCGCUGUCUCAGCCUGGACCCUCAUCCAACAUCAUUGGCCAGUCUGUGGAGGAGGCCAUCAGGGGUGUGUUUGAUGCAUCUCUUAAGAUGGCAGGUUUUUACGGCCUCUACACCUGGCUCACACACACCAUCUUCGGCAUCAACAUCGUCUUCAUCCCCUCAGCAUUGGCGGCAAUUCUGGGCGCUGUACCGUUCUUGGGGACGUACUGGGCGGCGCUGCCGGCGGUGCUGGACCUGUGGCUUGCGCAGGGCGAGGGGGUCAAAGCUGUAUUGCUGCUCUUCUGCCACCUACUGCCAACAUACUUUGUCGACACUGCUAUCUACACUGAUAUAUCAGGGGGUGGUCACCCUUAUCUGACUGGCCUGGCUGUGGCUGGUGGAGCGUACUAUCUUGGCUUGGAGGGGGCCAUCAUAGGCCCGAUCCUGCUCUGCAUUCUAGUGGUAGCAUCUAACAUCUACAGCGCCAUGCUGAUGAGCCCCAGCAGCAGCCAGCCCACACCAGUACAGAGUACCUUCCCUCAACACCUGGGCCGGCCCUUCUUUGAUUCUCCUUUGCUGCUGAAAAGAGGGACAGAGUGAAAGAAAGCCUGAGUUCUUUCAUGUGUGCUCUGCUGCUGUUCGGCCCUCACUCCUCAGACGAGCUCCCCUCUGGGGUCUCCCGCACAGCCUCGCAAGGGCACAGAAUCUCCGCCUAUAAAACUGCACUGGAGGCCUGUUCAAGCUCAAGAACAAAAUACUGCAGUACCCUUAAACAACGAAUUACCCCUGUCGGCGAUGAUGAGAGUGCAGUGCCCUGAUGCUACAUCUCCUUUUGAGCUAUACUGAGCUCCCUUAAGGCUCAGAGCUAGGGCUGAAUAAGUGCGGUAUUAUUUAGACAGCUAGCACCUAAACGCCAAAUUCAGUUAGCACUGUGGUGCUUUGGCUUGCACUCCAAUGCUACGUGAAGUAGCACACUAAUGUUAACUCUACUAAAUUAUCACACACAAGACUGCACUGUAAAGCUCAAAUAACAUUUGCUCAGAAUCCGUUUUGAUGGUUAGUUUAUUUGUACGGUUGUUUCCGUCCGUUAGUGCUCACAAAAUAGUUAACAUAUCGUGAUAAUACAGAAUUAUCCUACUGUGUGGACAUGUACAGCGCCAAUGACUCUAAAGGUGUUUGAGCGUGUGCGUGCGCGUGUUCAAAACUUCUAGAUUUUCCAGUUAAAAAGUUAAACAUUCUAUUGUUUGCCAUAUAUGAAAUACCUGCCUUUUUAAGGCUCAGAUCAUUUUUAUUCACAAACCUAAUAUUUGAACAUAAUGUCAGAGAACGUUUUUUUUGUAUUUUCAUGCAAAUAUUAGGAUGGUUUGUUGUUCCUGCUGUUAUUAAAAAAACAGUUCUAACUAACUACACGGCUGACGACACAGGCAUUACUUACGCUUACUUGCACAUUUUGGUUUUUUUUUGUUUGUGUGAAAACGCACAAUUUUGCCUUAUUCUCAUCUUACCUCAAUCCUUCAUAAGACUACAUUUAACACCCCAGCACUGAUGAGUUUGUCACUGAGUUUAGUGUGUGUGUGGAAUACAGGAAGAUACUUCUAGCACAUUCACCAGCACUUUGUUUUCUUUCAGCUCAUGCUUGUUGUGCUUUAUUACUUAAAGGGGCAUUCCGGCCUUUAUCCAGAGUUGAAUACGUUAUUUCUUGGGUUAUUCUGUAGCACAGCAUUGUAUCCCUCAGCCUCAUAGGUUUGACAAGAUGUUCAUGUUUUCAUCCAUCCAUGUUAUCUCACUACAAUACCCAGCAUGCAUUACACAAAUACAUUAUACAUUGGCAAUCCCUGUGGUGUCAACCAGUCCUGAUUGCUGGCCUAGCUGAUCAAAGCUGAUCUAACAAAUACAACUAAGCUAGCAUUACGUCAGUCCUCAAACAAAAUCUCAGUGAUUCUAUCUAGAAUCAGCACAGAAUGGACACCAAAGACAAGUUUUUACUAUUUCAUCCAGAGAAAAGGAACCAAACUGAGGUAAGAUAUCUAGAUAGCCAGAUACCUUGCUAACUUCAGUGUCCACCUCCUCAUCCGACAAGUUAUUUCUGCAUUUGAGUAAUCUGUUCUGUCCACUGUAAUGUUGACUGGAAGAUAUUCAGCAUCCUAGCUGUAACAUCCCUGCAUUUGACAGCUAAA